AACUAAAAACGUGCGCGCGCAGACGCCGCAGAUGUGUACUGGCGAGUGAAACGUUACGGUGAAAACGGUUUGUGUAGCUGCGUGGACCGACCGCUGUAUUUUAAUGUCCGCUAUGAACUUGAGCCGCAUCUUGAGAGGACGGUCGUGGCUUUUGCGAUCCCCGUGCAAGAUGAAAAGCAACGAGGUCUUGGGACGUCACCGUUGGAAACACUCGACUUCGCCAGCAUGCAUCGGCGACCUUCGACUACAUGGUGCCCUUCAAGGAGUGGCUCAUCAAACACGGUUGUGUGGGUCCGGCAUGGUACGAAGAACCUUUUCUACAGAAGAGGCAGCGAAUGAGAGCUCAAUGUCUGAGGUGGAGUAUGAGGCCAUUACGAAGGAGACACUGGAAUCUCUGGCCGAAAGGUUUGACGAGAUCUUGGAAGACGUUCAAGACAUUCCAGAGGCAGAUCUUGCACUGAGCGAUGGUGUUUUGACCCUUCACCUGGGGCCUAGGAUUGGAACUUUCGUCAUCAACAAACAGACGCCAAAUCGACAGAUAUGGUUGUCGUCCCCCGUCAGCGGACCCAAGAGAUACGAUUUCGUGGAGGACAAGUGGAUCUACAAGCGCGAUGGAGUACCCUUGCACCGUCUUCUUGCCGAAGAAGUUUCGGCCCUGUUGAAGAAGCAAGUCGGCUUCAGCGGUUGUUCCUACGGCGCUUGAACGCUCUGUCGGUGUCUAGUGCGGUUUUAUUUAUUGUUAAUAAAUUGUUUCUUAGUAUCUCCAAA